UGAGACUUUCUGUUUCUCUAUAAAAGGAGUGCUCCGUUGGGGAGGGUUCUCGUGCUCUCUCGGUUAACUAUAUCUUUUAACACGAGAAAAAAAAGCCAUUGCCAGCGAAGCUUUCUACUCUAGCUACCAAAGCAAAACCACCACCAGAUAGGGAAAUCCAGGGAGGGAGAGAGAGCUUGAAACGCCUCUCCGCCGCCGUGUCUGCUUUCAAUCGGAUCUUAAAAUGAAAAUGGCGGACCAUUACUUGCUAGGAUGGAUCUUGGCCUCCGUCCUGGGGCUUUUCGCUUUCUACUACAUGGUUUAUUUGGUAGUGAGGCGAGAGGAGGAGAAUAAUAGACGAGCAUUUUCGGAGCAGAGAAGCGAUUCCGUCAAGACUAUCCCCGCUACAAAUGGAGAACGCAGAUCCGAUGACGACUGUCAUGUUGACGUUAUCAUCGUAGGCGCCGGCGUUGCUGGCUCUGCUCUCGCUCAUACCCUUGGCAAGGAUGGGCGCCGAGUGCAUGUUAUUGAAAGAGACUUAACUGAACCCGACAGAAUUGUUGGUGAAUUGCUACAACCAGGGGGCUACCUAAAGUUAAUUGAGUUAGGACUUGAAGAUUGUGUGGAGGAAAUUGAUGCACAAAGAGUGUUCGGUUAUGCUCUUUUCAAGGAUGGAAAACAUACACAACUUGCUUAUCCUUUGGAAAAGUUUCACUCAGAUGUUGCAGGGAGGAGCUUUCACAAUGGCCGUUUUAUUCAGAGGAUGCGGGAAAAAGCUGCAUCCCUUCCUAACGUACAAUUGGAACAAGGAACUGUCACUUCUCUACUUGAAGAAAAAGGGACAAUUAAAGGUGUGUUGUACAAAACAAAAACUGGUGAAGAGCUUACAGCUUAUGCGCCUUUGACAAUCGUCUGUGAUGGCUGUUUCUCCAAUUUGCGUCGCUCUCUUUGCAACCCUAAGGUGGAUGUGCCCUCUUGUUUUGUUGGUUUGGUCCUAGAGAAUUGUCAACUUCCAUAUGCAAAUCAUGGGCACGUUAUACUAGCAGACCCUUCCCCAAUUUUAUUCUAUCCUAUCAGUACUACGGAAGUUCGCUGUCUUGUUGAUGUACCUGGUCAGAAGGUCCCUUCUAUUUCAAGUGGUGAAAUGGCUAAUUAUUUGAAGAAUGUGGUGGCUCCUCAGGUACCCCCAGAAAUAUACAGUUCUUUUGUAGCUGCUGUUGAUAGGGGAAACAUUAGGACAAUGCCAAACAGAAGUAUGCCAGCUUCUCCCUAUCCUACCCCUGGUGCUUUAUUGAUGGGUGAUGCAUUCAACAUGCGGCAUCCUCUAACUGGAGGAGGAAUGACUGUGGCACUAUCUGACAUUGUUGUGCUGCGGGAUCUUCUGAAGCCUUUGCGAGACCUACAUGAUGCUCCUACGCUCUGCAGAUAUCUUGAAUCCUUCUAUACCUUACGUAAGCCUGUGGCAUCUACAAUCAAUACAUUGGCAGGUGCCCUGUACAAGGUGUUUAGUGCUUCACCUGAUGAAGCAAGGAAGGAAAUGCGCCAGGCCUGCUUUGAUUAUUUGAGUCUUGGAGGCAUAUUCUCAACAGGACCAGUCUCUUUGCUUUCAGGCUUAAACCCUCGUCCAUUGACCUUGGUCCUCCAUUUCUUUGCUGUAGCAAUUUAUGGCGUGGGGCGUUUGUUACUGCCAUUCCCUUCCCCUCAGCGCAUCUGGAUUGGAGCUAGAUUGGUUUCGGGAGCAUCUGGAAUCAUCUUCCCCAUUAUUAAGGCAGAAGGAGUUAGACAAGUGUUCUUUCCUGCAACUGUUCCAGCAUAUUAUAGAGCUCCUCCCAUUAAACACAAUUAACUGCACAAGGAAAUGGAAGAUACUGCUGUCCAAGGCAGCUGCAUUGUAUUCUCAAAGAAUUGUGAAUUAUCAUAAACAUUAGUUUUUAGAACGCUGUUUGCUUCUACAUGUCUGUAAAAUAUUACUCUAAGCUUGAAAUAUAUAAGUUUGGUAAGAAACUAGAAACCUUAAAUGAGAACGAGUAUAGCAUUUGCCUUUUA